AUGAACCAGCUUAAAAUGAGUUUGUUGAGAAAAUAUGAGCAAAGAAAGAUAAGAGCCAAAAGAGAAAGUGAAAAAUAUGAGAUCUGUGUAACUGCAACAUCAACACUGAAGUCUGCGUUGGAAGAAUACUUUGUUUUUGCCAAAAUUUAUAAACAAAACCUGCACCUGCUUCACUGCAGGGUGCUUCUUCAUGGCCUUGCACAUUGUUUGACACUACCUCAUGCUACAGUGCUAACCAGCUUCACACUGUUUGUCUGCCCUCUGCCUACAAAUUCUGUGUUUGAGUACUGGCUGACCCCACACCAACCUCCACACAAGCACACACACACACAGUGGUAUUACUUCCAAGCAAGCAAUGUGCAGGCAGGGAUGCUUUAGUGCUUCACUGCCGACAACUUUAGUCUAAACAGCCUGUACAAAUAUGGCUUGUGGCCACUGCUGUACUCAGAAAGCAGCACUAAGGAACAGCACAAGAAAUCUGGUAAAGGACUGGAAGUAAAUCAGUAUUGCAAAAACAGUGUGGGCAAGACAAACAUUAGACAUUAUUAAUUCUCACUCACUUGGAAGUUCCAGUUCCCUGACCAAGACUCCUGCUCCUUUGCCCACUACUAUCCUUACAUCUCCAACAGCCUGCAGGAGUACCUGGUGGCCAUCUCUGAAGGCCCAGUGGUGCCUAAAUUCUUCAAGAUUCACAUCUUAUGCCACUCACUGUGAAACACAGCGUAUGUUUUAACUAUCACCACCACUACCCCCUCCAAAAGUGGCAAGGGCACUGAGCAGAAGGCUGCAAUUCCGACAGUGAGGGUGCAUCCAGGAGAAACUAAGAAUUCCUGGAUAACAAAGGGCUUUAUGGAUUUCAUUCUUGGUGACUCAAGUAAAGCUCAACUCCUGUGGGACAAUUUUGUCUUGAAAGCAGUACCUAUAUUUAAUCCAGGUGGUUUGAUUGUGGGAAAUCACCUCUGCAUUUUAACAGGCCAGGAGCUGUACUUCAAAUACAACUCUAUUGUGAAGAAAUGCUCCCCUUCCAUCUCAUAUAACUAAAGCAUGGUCAAAAUGCAAUCUCAUUUUCUUUUCCUUUAGAAUACCCUGAUUUCCUUUCCACUAUAUCUUUGUUAGUUUGAUGUCCCUAUGUCCCUUAUUGUUUUGGUAUUGUUUACAUCUUUGCAGUGCACCCAAAUCUUUGUGACUGCUUUUUUUAGGUUAAGUUUCUUUUCAGAAGGGGUUAUUUUUGAUUCAGUAUUGUGCAGAUUUUCUUUUAAUAUAUUUUCUCUUUUCUGGUAAUAUCUUCAGAAUAAAAGAGUAGAAAAGAACAAUGUCUUGUUCUUCAAGACAUUUUCAGUGCAUUUUUCCCCACGUCCUCUGCAAAAAUUUACUUAUCCAAUUCCUUAUUUCUUUCAUUUUCUUCUUUUCUGGCAUACAACCGCUUUUGAGAAUGAAGUUAGGCUCAGAAUGGAUCCCAGAUGUCCUUUUGAUAGCAAAGAUUGCCAACAAAACAUUGCUGUAUGUUUUGCUACAAAUGGCUUUGAUUUCUUGUGCAGACUUCCACUCACAAAGACAUUGAUAGAUAUAAAAUGAAACCUGGUAUUAAACUAAACCCUAAACCAGUAAACUAAAUCUCUCCAGUUUAACUUCUAUAACAAAUUAACACAAAAAAGACUCUUGUGCAGAAAGCCAGCGUCAGAAUUAGUACGUUUAAUGUUUUUCACCUUGUUACAGCCUGUUUUAAAUAAUGUUUGUGUUCUUUCAAAUGAAUAUUUUGGCCUGUAGAUCCCUAACUUACAGGAGACGGUUGCUUCAGGCUGCAGAGAAAACGCCCCUUUCCAUAUGAAAGACUUGGAGUCCAAAGGACAGUAUUUCCACAAUGUAUUCUGGGUCCACUAUAUAAAUAACAAGCAGGUAAAGGAAGUUUCCCCUAGGCAUUUUCUCCUGCCUCAUUAGUCCAGCUGUGAAAAACAUAAUAGUCUGUAGGUUUAUAGCUAUAAUAAAUUUGAUCAUGGCUUUCUCUAAGCAAUAAACUAAAUUUGUGGUAUUUCUUACUAUUAUCUAUGCCUGAAGGAACAUGAGAAGGCAGUGAAACAUCAAGCAAGGGUAAAUUCCAAGGUCCUGAAUUUUGAUGUGUAAACUGGAAUUUACUGGAAUUUACUGAAUCCAGGUAACUUAGAACUAUUCAGAUGUGCCACCAUUCAUUAUAUCUUCUCAGUAUCUCAUAAAGAAUGCCAGAGUAAAUGUUAGAAUUGUUACUAAAGUAGACUUUCAAGAGUCACACUAUUGAAUUUAACACUUUUUAAAAGACUGCACACAAACCUUACAGUCAAACCCUAACAGGCAGUUCACUGGAAGAAGUGAAGCACUGUAUCUGUGCCAGGUGGCCUUUCUGAGGGGAAAAAAACUGUGGUGAUACAGAGCUUGGUCUAUCACAUCACUCAAAUCAACAUGCUGUUUUUUCUGCAGCCUUACAUUUUGUAGAUCAAUCUAGGCACAAUGAAAGGUGUAUUAUUUGGUUUUGUGUAAACCUUAUUUCAUUAACCAUGGAAGAUACUAUUCUGAUUGCUUUUAGCCAAAGUGGUUAAGUUCAGGGUACCUGACAGCAGAGCAAGGAUCUGUAUGCUGACCAAAUGAUACACCCAUUAAACACAACCAGCUCCUGCUGUGUAGACUGUCAGUGACUGGGAAAUCAGACGUGCAGGUGAUUUUAGAGAGGUAAGCAUUGUGUGCUAUGAAGAGCUGUGGCCCUAACAUGGUCAUUUAUUAGGGAAUGAAACCUUUGUAUGGUUCUCUUUUGGGGAAACAUUAAUAGAUUGGAUCUAUAUCAUCAAAUCUCAGAUGUCCAUAGUAUAGAAAUCAAGAUCUGAGCUACACAACUGGUGCUGAAAUGCAAAGAAAUAAAAAGGCACAUGCAUAAAUUUAGAUUAAAUAUUAGGAAAAAAUUCUUCACUACGAAGGUGAAGACUCACCAGAACGGGUUGGCCAGAGAAGCUGUUGAUGCUUUAUCCCUGGAAGUGUUCAAGGUAGGUUGGAUGGGUCUUGGAGCAACUUGGUCUAGUGGAAGGUAUCCCUGCCCAUGGCAGGGGAGGUGGAACUUUGUGAUCUUUAAGGUCUCUUCCAGCCCAGACCACUCCGUGAUUCUGUGAUGGUUCUGUGAUCUUGAUGCAUCAUCAGAGAACUAGGUCAGAUGAGCAGUGCAGGCCAGAAGUAUUCAUUUUCCCUGUAGCUUAACCCUGAUCAUUGGGAAGGCAGUUUUUGUUCCAAGGAAGGUGGCUUUCACCUGUCAGCUUCUGCAGUAGAGCUGAGCAAGCAGUCACAGGGUCAGGAUGGGGAGGGCACUGGCAUUAAGCACAAGAAGUAUCAUGCUCUGUGCUUUGGUGUCAGCUGUACUUUGCAACACCCGGUUCAGAGUGCUCAGGAGCUGUGUCCUCCUCUCACACAUGCAGAAGAGCCAUCACAGUCAUAAGGGCCCAUUGCCUACAUCUCAGCUCAUAGACAAAUAGCCUCAGAUUUAAAAGAGUGAUUUCACAGGAGGACAAAGAGACAUUUUAUUUUUCUGUAACCUAUAUUUACUUGUUUUGCUGAGAUAAAAAGGGUUGAAGCAUGUUUUUGUCCUUGUUUACAUGGUGUUUGUUUAUUUUGUGCUUGUGACUGACAUACUAUUACUCAAGAGAUUUCCCACAGAUAUGCAAAGCAAACUCCUGUGAGUAAAUGACUUUUAGAAAGCUUGGGAUGAAAUUUAGCCAAAAAUAAUAGUUCCUGCAAAUUGUUGCUUCCUGUUUGUGACAUAAAUACUGUAAAUAAACAACAGAAAAAGGGAAAACUUAGCAGAGGAGGAGAUGUUCAGGACUGAACACCACUUUGGCCACCUAAGAGCCUGACCCUGUAAGGCUAUGUUUGCCAAGACCUAUAAACACCAGUAUACAUUGGAAAACUAUUUGUCAGGUCGAGCUUCACUAGGUCCUGUUCUGUAAUUUUGGUGCUAAAAUAAAAGCGAAGACAUUUCAAGCAAUGAAAUAGUAUGGAUUGCAGUCAUACAUCUUUCAUGUUCUUUUGCUGGAUGUGUACCAGAAACAAAACAUGUCAGGGUGAUGCUGUUACUGUUACUUGCUAUAAAGCAAGUAACAACAGUUUAUCAAAUUGAUCAUGAUCCCUUCAAGAAACUUCUUUUCUUCUCCUCAUGAUUAGGUAUGUGCAUUUCCCCAUGGGGAUCUACUUCACUAACUAAAUAAUUUUAUUAGAUCAAAAGACUUAACAAAAUUUCUGUUGUUGAUCUUGAUGAAAGUUGUUAAAGGCUUUUGAAAAAAAAAAAGGUGAAUAGCAAGGAAUAUCACAGCUGGAGUAGAAUUUUUGACAGAAAUUCAUGCUGGAGCUGUAUGUAGCCCUCAAUGACACUUUGCUGAUGUUCCGCCUAGAAAACUGUAUGGCCUCAAGAUGUAAAAUAGGAGCCCUGUUAUUGUUGCCUAGAGAAAGUAAACUGUUAUUUGGAAAGAAGUCACAUUGGUAUUUCAAUGGGUGAUAUUCUUUUUAUGUGCAUACACUUUAUAAUGCUUACUGCUUUGUUAAUGCUUUCAUUGCUUCAAGAGGUAGACAAGUAUUGCUUGACUUUUUGCAUUUUAUGCCAAUUCUUCUUUUCAGAAGCCCAAGCAUAUGAAAAACAGAGCAGUGGCAAUUAAUACUGCUGAGAAAGCAUAGCUGUCCCUUUCCCAGGCUAAAAAUAACCAAGCCAUAUUGAGUAGGAAGUGAGCUCCCUUGUCAAUAGGAUAUGUUUGUAUCCAGGUUCAUAAAUGCUUCCUGAAAAGAACAGCAUAAGGGAUUCAAUUCAACCUUGAGCAGCUUUCUUACAUGUACUCCUUCUGGCAUUGUGAUAAUCAUGUUUAUUUGCAAUUGUUGGUUUGGUUUGUUGGGGCUUUUUUAAUUUGUAACUGUAAUAUUCCCUUACAAAUCAAAAUGGCUACCAAGAGACCAUAAAAAAACCACCCUAAAAUAUCAGGAGAACAUUUUCACAGCAUGGCUAAGGACAGAAGUCAUAAAAGCAAAAAUAUCCGUAUUUUUCAUCCCAGAAGGAACAUGCUGUGGCUGUUUGGGUUUUUUUCUGACCAGAGACAGAUAUAUGAAAAUUUAAUUUAAUCACUGUAACUUUACACAAACAACUUUGUCAUCAAAAGAGAAAUACCAGCCUUUACAUGAUAACUGUUUUCCCAUUAGUUAUUGAACUUUUACCAAGAUUUCCCUGUCCCAGCCUGGUGUACACUCCCUGAACAGCCCCUAAAGUGGCUGACUGGUAGAUAAUACCUUUUUGUCAACCAGUCUUAUGGAACUUGUUAGUCAUAAUAAUUCAUUCCUGUUUCUAUUCUUUUUUCAGAAACUCAAGGCACUACUCUGUUUCACAGACUCAAGGCACUGAUCCUGAACCUAAGAUAUUUCAGGUACCUAAGCCAGUGAAAAAAAGUAAACAUUACAAGUUUGUUUAAUUCUUUAAAUACCAAUAAGCCAAUUUUUUCUAUAACCUCAAACCUCAGUAAAGAGUAUGUUCCACAAAGAGAAGUAUGGAAUUCUUUGGCUGGAUUUCCUUCAAUCUCAGCAUUUGGAAGAGCUCGUUUUUCUGUAAUUUAAACUGUCUACAUCACAUUACUACACUAUGUGACAACUGAUUGACAACAAUCUCACUGGAGAAAAAAUAAACCCAAGGCAUAUUCCAGAGAGGUUGAAAAUGUUUUCUCCUAUUGGCAGUAAGGUACAUGCAUUUGUAAUAAUGUGCUCAUUGGGCUAAAUAUUAUUAAUUAAAUUCAAUAUCACCUGUAAAGGCACCUCUUUGCUUAGAAUAAAAGGUUUUUUUAAAUGUUGUAAAUAUUCUUUGUUUCUCAAGGGACACACCACCCUGUGCACUGUCAGACCUGGUUCUUCUCACCUGUUGAUCAUGGACCUCACCCAGGUGCUUGCAGUGCAGCACUAGAGCCAGCUGCAGCUAACCUGGCCCAUGUCCAGCUGUGAGACACAUCUGCUGGGUCAGGUCAUGCUGAGAGAGAGAGCACAGGGGCCUGGCCUGCAGCACUGAUUCGGGCACUUGAGGACAGUGGCCCUCACCUGCCAUCAGUGCUGGGGCUGUGCCUGUCACAGCAGCCAAGGCGCUGGAGAGCCAGCUCUUGAGAAAAAAGACCUAUCAGCCACCCCCAGGGUGCAGGGAGAGAAGCAGUUAAAAGGGAGUCCCCUUCUCCCAGCCUCUGAGUUUGGGCACAGACCAUUACAGCUGUAAUUGUCUUCUUCGGGACAGGCAGUCCAGGUAAGUAGAGUUCAAGUACAGUUUAAGUACGGUACAGUUGAGUAUAUUGCAGUGUUAUGAUCAGUAAGAGCUUGCCUGCCAAAGAGGAGAUUAACAAAGAAUGGCUCUUUAAAUGUUUUUGCAGGCUUGGCACUUCCUCCCCCAGCUGCAGAUUUCACUCCUAGAUAUUGCAUACCGUAACCAAGGGGAGAAAUGUAACAGAUCAUAUUCUUCUAGGCUUUCCCCAAAUGGGCAUUGCUUAGAGGAAGUCUAUUACCGUGGGUCUUCUGGGCAGUCUGGACUUGGUGAAGGGAAGGAGAGAUCUUGACUCCAUUUCAGAAGGCUGGUUUAUUAUAUUAAGAUACAUAUUACAUUAAAAAAG